AUUUCUUCUACGCAUUCAAAGAACCUCCAAGUCUCUCUGCUCAAAUUCUAAUCUUGAUUUUGGAUUCCAUUGCUUCUUCUUCCGAUUCGUUGAAUCAUUAAGAAAACAAUGAGUAAUUUCACCAAGAGUUCAUCAUUCAAUAGAAGGGCAUUGAGUUCCUUAGCUAUAGAAAGCCCUAGGAACUCUUCUUCUAGUGUCUUCACUAGUCCCAUUGGCUCAGCUUUCGCUAGCCCGAGAUCACAGAACUUUGGAGGAAGUCCACGCCCGUCUACUAACCGGUUAAAAGAGAUCUCAUAUUUGUUUCAGGUGCUAAUUAUCGCCGGAACUAUUGUGUCGUUUCUUGUUAUCAUCGCUGGGGGUUAUUUGUAUGUUGUUCCUAGCCUCGGUCAAACGUUCUUGGGUUACAAUGGGGCAUUGGAGUUUAACAGCUCUGUUGCGGGUGAUAGGGAAUGUGACAUAUUCGAUGGGAAUUGGGUUGUUGAUGAUAACUACCCGUUAUAUAACGCUUCGGAGUGUCCAUUUGUAGAGAAAGGAUUCAAUUGCUUAGGGAACGGGCGUGAACACGACGAGUAUUUAAAGUGGAGGUGGAAGCCUAAGCAUUGUACUGUUCCAAGAUUUGAAGUGCGUGACGUAUUGGAGAGAUUAAGAGGUAAAAGGAUAGUUUUUGUUGGAGAUUCGAUGAGUAGAACGCAGUGGGAGUCUUUGAUAUGUAUGUUAAUGACAGGGUUGGAAGAUAAAAGGAGUGUUUAUGAAGUCAAUGGGAACAAUAUAACAAAAAGGAUACGGUUUUUGGGUGUGAGGUUUAGUUCCUUUAAUUUUACAGUUGAGUUCUACCGAUCGGUUUUCUUAGUUCAGCCUGGGAGGCUGCGUUGGCACGCACCAAAACGUGUAAAGUCAACGUUAAAAUUAGACGUUUUAGAUGUUAUUAACCACGAAUGGAGCUCAGCGGAUUUUCUCAUAUUCAAUACUGGUCAAUGGUGGGUGCCUGGGAAGCUUUUUGAAACUGGUUGUUACUUUCAGGUUGGAAAUUCAUUGAGGCUCGGAAUGUCAAUUCCUGCAGCGUAUAGAGUAGCAUUAGAGACAUGGGCAUCAUGGAUAGAGAAUACAAUAGAUCCAAACAAAACCCGGGUUUUGUUUCGUACAUUUGAGCCAUCGCAUUGGAGCGAUCAUAGAUCAUGCAAUGUGACAAAGUAUCCAGCCCCAGAUACUGAAGGAAGAGACAAAAGCAUAUUCUCUGAAAUGAUCAAAGAAGUAGUUAAGAACAUGACAAUUCCGGUAUCAAUAUUGGAUGUAACUUCGAUGUCAGCGUUUAGAAGCGAUGGUCAUGUCGGUUUAUGGAGCGAUAAUCCUUUGGUACCUGAUUGUAGUCAUUGGUGUCUACCUGGAGUACCUGAUAUCUGGAAUGAGAUCUUGCUCUUCUUCCUCUUUAGACAACAAGUAAAAACUUAACUUUAUUUCUAUCUCAUUUACUAUCACAACAGUAUCAGUAUCCUCUUAUGUCUGAAAAUUUUACUUAAUUUGUAGGUUCAGUAAAAGUGGAUAAUUGCA